AUGAAUGAAACAAUGAGUGUGAUGAAGGAGUUCUUACAGAUGCCAGCUGAGACCAAGCAGCGCUUGUGCUCAGAGGGUUUUAGCAUGAAGGAUUGCAGGCUCAUUACGAGCUCUAUAACUUAUGCUACAGAGAAGGUUCAUCUAUGGAGGGACUGUCUCAAGCACCCAUGUCAUCCUUUGGAGAAGUGGCAGCAUAUAUGGCCUCAAAUCCCAGCGAGAUACCAAGAGCGUAUUGGGGCGUGUUCAGUGGAAGUAAAGAAGUUGGCUUCUAGGAUCUUGAAGCUUAUCAGUGAAGGACUUGGACUGGAUGGUGAAUAUCUUGAGGGUGAAUAUAGCCAAUUUAUGACACUAUCCGCUAAUCAUUAUCUGCCAUGUCCCCAGCCAGAUUUGACUCUAGGAUUAUCCAAGCAUGCUGAUCCUCAUAUCAUAACUCUUUUACUCCAAGAUGACGUCUAUGGAUUUCAAGUGUUGAAGGAUGAUACUUGGCUUGGUGUCCAUCCUAAUCCACAUGCAAUUGUGGUCAAUAUAGGCUCUCAGUUGCAGGUGAUCAGUAACAAAAAGCUGAAAAGUGCAGAGCACAGAGCUGCGACGAAUUCAAGGGAAGCUCGAACUUCAGUUGUAUUUUUCAUAGGAGCUUUGGAGGAGAGUAUUAUAGAGCCCGCAAAAGAACUGGUUGAUGAACUCCAUCCUCCAAUUUACAAGCCCUUCAAGAACAAACACUUUCUCUCUAAAUUCUAUGCAAGUAACGGUGACUCCCAAGGCACGCUAGAAAUUUUCAAGGCAUGACUUCAAAGGAUCAGAAUAUUUAUGUCGUGUGUUCCUUGUGUUCUGGGCUGCAUUUUAUGAUGAUUUACUUGUAACUUCCUUAGUGUUUAAUUAUUUUCCCCUUCGGUAUAUUAUAUAUGCCCGCAUGAAGGAAUCGAAAUUAGAAGAAAAGUUUCAUUGUCAA